AUGCCCCGCGCCCUCUCACUACCUCCUAGCCACGCCGUCCUGGGCAACCCGGCACUGGUCCGAGAAGUCGUGGCCUAUCAAGGCGGUGUGACGCACGCCGUUCGAGUCGAAUACCAAGCGUGGCGCGCUUUUGUGACCGAGAUGCAGGAAGAUGGCAUGUACAGCGUCUUUGGCCUCCUCCGCUCGAUGCUGCUCUCGUCGUUGACCGACACGCGCUUCAUGCUACACCAGGCUAUCAUUGAGAACCGGCCCGAGAGCGUGCUCUGUCUUGUCGAGCACGAGCCCAAGUGGAUUACGCCUAGCGCGUUUACAUUGGCCCGACAGCGCGGCUUGAAGCCAAUUUUGCACAUUUUGCACGAGCAUACGAGUGACGUGCGGCAGCGCCAAGCGGCGCGUGCCAAGCUCCUGCACAUAAAGGCCGAGACGAUGCAAAGUAAAUUGAAGAUCUAA